AUGUCAUACACCAAGCAGAAACCGCACUAUAAUUUCUGUCUCAAAGAGCUGAGCCGACACAAAGAUAUAACCUUACACAUUCAAAACACUCCAAAAUGUCGCCAACAAUGGGACCUCAUGGUUUUGCAUCAAAACACCAGGUGUUCUGAACAGGUUGGCAGCCAAUCUAGCACAUCAGAUACAUUAACACCCCCAGACUAUGAAUAUGACAUACCCGAAGAUGUCGACUACAAAUUUCCACUCAGAUCAAGAUACAAGCCUGAGGACACAGAGUCUCUGACAGAUUCUGGCCCCCAAUCCAAAUGUGUGAGAGUGGAGGAGACUGUGUUUGAAGAAAUUCGGCAGGCUCAGGUUGACAUUGGUCUGGAGGAAAAUCCAUGGGCACCUUUUGAUGGUGAAGAUGAGUGGGGCCUUGGUGAAUGGCUUUUGAAGAGAGUCAACAAGACUGCCACUGAUGAAUUCCUUAAACUUGCCAUUACGAAAAAUCGCACUCAGCCAAGCUUUAUGAGCAACUAUACAUUCCAAAAGAAACUCAAUAAACUACCUACAGGCCCUGGAUGGACUUGCGAAAUAGUCAUGUCAACAGGAGAUCGAGUGGGUGGAGAUCAGAAGUCAUUAACGGAACAACACGAACUUUGGCGGCGCGACCCUGUGAGGUGUGUGUGUGAUUUGAUUGGUAAUCCUGCAUUCAAGGAUUACCUUUCAUAUGUUCCCGAGAAAGUUUAUGCUGAUGCGCAAGGGAAGAUGCAGGAAUGCCUACCUUCAGGUGCCGUUGUUGCUCCGGUAAUACUUGCAUCCGACAAAACAAACAUGCGGUUGGUGACAAAGCCACUUAUUGAUGCCGGCCAUCACGGAGUGGAUAUGAUCUGUGCCGAUGGGAAUAUCCGAUGCAUUCAUCCUAUUCUCGCGGCGUAUAUUGCAGAUCACCCUGAGAAAUGCCUGAUCGCCUGCUGUAAAGAAAACCACUGCCCUCGUUGUGUUGUAGGAAUGAAACAUCGAGGAGACCACUUUGACUCACCUCUUCGAGAUGUCAAUGAGACUCCAGCCACUCUUGAAUGCCAUAAAAACAGCGAAGACCCUCACCUUUUUGAAGAUCAUGGUCUUCGUGCGAUACAUUUUCCGUUCUGGGCACAUCUUCCACACACCGACAUUUUCAUGUGUAUCACUCUAGAUAUUCUACACCAGUUACACAAGGGUGUUUUCAAAGACCACAUUGUGAGCUGGUGUUCUACCAUUAUCUCUGACGUAGAGUUUGACGCACAUUUUCAAGCCAUGUCCGAUUUUCACGGUCUCCGUCACUUCAAAUGGGGAAUUUUGACUGUCUCUCAGUGGACUUGCACAGAGCAUAAAGAGAUGCAAUGCAUUUUCUUAGGCGUCAUUGCUGGUGCUGUUGAACCCUGUGUGUUCUGGGCUGCGUGUGCUGUUCUUGACUUCAUUUACUAUGCUCAAUACCAAGCUCACACGGACACGACUCUCGCAUGGAUGCAGGAAGCACUGGAUGUGUUUCACAUGAACAAAGCUGUCUUUGUCGAGCUUGGGCUUUGUCAACACUUCAACAUACCCAAGGUUCACUCAAUGUGCCACUAUGUGCAGUCCAUCCGAGCAUUGGGCAGCGCAGAUGGUUUCAACUCGGAGAGCCCCAAACACUUGCAUAUUGACUAUGCGAAGGAUGCUUACCAGGCAAGCAGCAAAGAUGAGGAACCGACAUUCGCAGAUUCAGACAUCAUCCCAUCAGGUCUACUGGCAUUGCAUGGUUACCAUGUUGCCAAGAACUGCCCGUUUCUCGCUGUCUCCAUGUCUCAUUUGCAAACAGAUUUUGGUGCCGUCGACUUCAUCCCCAUGCUUCAAACAUUUCUCACCCAUCACUUUCCCCAUUCCUCUAUUUCUGCGAGCCAGUAUGACCGUUUUGACUUAUUUAAAUCGGUUUUACUUCUGCUCCCUCGGCAAGACCACAUUAGUGACCUCAAGCGGCUGAAUCAAAUCCACACUCAUCCAGCUAUUCCCAAUUGUGAUUGCCGCAAGCCACCUUCACCUGCACACUUUGAUGUGGCGUUUGUGUUUCAACCUCUGCGUGAUCCAGAACCCGCGACCAACCUCUAUCGACUUGCACGUUCGACUCGUAACCAAUGGUGUUUCACAUCUGUCAUCAGUGUUCAAGACCUUCUGCAAGCAGCACACCUGAUGCCCAGGUUUGGAUUGAGUAAGGUAGAUGUAUCGUGGAUCAAUGGUGAUGUUCUGGAGCUCGCUGACGAGUUUUAUGUUAAUCCUUAUAUUAAUUUUCACAUUUUUGAUACUAUAGAGCGCUUGUACUAG